AUGGAUACCGCGUACGAUGCCAUCCAGCAGGAGGCGCUCGCCGACCUCCCGACGGCUGAUCCCGAGAACGGCGGUGCAGAGGCGGGAGCGUCUGCUGAGGGCGGUGCUGCUGCUGCGCCGGCGCAGACGUUGACGGAGGAGAUUAAUGACGCGAUGGCGACGUUCCAGGGUACUGCUUGGGGGAUGAAGAUUGGUGGGCUUUGGGAGACGGUGCGGAAGCAGGGCGAGAUAGCGAUCGAGGAGACAAAGAAAGAUAUAUCGGUAGCCUCGGAGCUAGCAGCGAAGGAGCUGACGAUGAUCACCGAGCAAGUGCGCACGUCGACGAUCGCGUCGCAGGCCACGCAGGUCGCGAGCCAGGCCGCGAGCCAGGCCUCCACGUUUGUCACGAGCACCCGCCGCAGUCUCGACACGUCUACCGCCGAGAGUGCAGCCCGGCGCGUGCGGUCGACUGUGACGACUGCGCCGGCGAGCACGAGUAAGAUGUUUGGCGUGCUGAAGGGGAAGGCGCAGGCGCGGCUUGACGAGCUCGAGAACGUGGAUUUGAAUAAGUAUUUUGAUCAGUUUGGGAAAGACGUCAAGUUAUUUUUGCAGGACGCGGUAACGAUCGCGCCGGGGGAGGACGAGGUCGAGGAGGCGGGGUCGGCGCAGGUUACCAAGGACGUGCUGUUUGACGUGCCGGAGGAGAUCAAGCGACAUAUCUACACUACGCGACUGGACGCGCAGCUGCACGCGCUGCAUACCUCGGUCGAGCCGUUUCUGGCGGCGGACGCGGGCGACGCGACGUACGACGAGUACGCGGCCAAGUUCUCUGCCGACACGCAGACGGAGACGAUCGUGAACGACUUGGAGCACUACCCGGAGCUGCGCAAGUUGAUGGAGAAGCUUGUGCCGGAGAAGAUUGCGUACGACGAGUUUUGGCGGCGGUACUAUUUCCUGCGCGAGCAGAUCAAUCAGGAGGAAGCGAGACGGAAGCAGUUGCUCACGGAGGCGGGCACGGCGGAGGAGAACUUUGAUUGGGAUGAGGACGAGGAGGAGGAGGAGGUUGCGGAGAGUAAGUCUGGCGUGGCGUCGAAGGCGUCGACGUCCACCGAGACUCUGAAGGCAGAGGAUAGCGCUGCGUCUGCUGCUGCUGCGCCUGCUGCAGUCACUGAGUCGAAGCCAAACAGCUCGAGACCGUCGAGCGAGAGCAGCUAUGACUUGGUGUCGGCUGCGAACUCGCAGGCGGACCUGCGGGCUGAGGGAGCGAAGGCUGCGAAGGCGGGAGAGGAGGAGGAGGAGGAGGAGGAUUGGGAGUAG